GUCGGGUCUGGUAAAAUACUAAACCCACACCCGACUCAACCCGAUGUCGGGUUCGGAUAAAAAAUUUCGGGUUAGGUUCGGAUUAUUUUAUUCUCGGUUUGGGUUUAGAUAUUUUAGUGGUUGGUCGGGUCAGUUAAGCUCGAGUUCGGGUUGAAUUGCCAUAUUUUGGCAGUUAGGGAUGGAGCGUCGUGGAUUGAAGCAGACAUUGACGGACCUGCCAGCUCCUCGUUUCAACCCCUGGAAGAGAGCAGAGCCUCUUUCACUGCCUUGGGAUACACGGGACGAAAGACGGGAUCACUUUGGAAGAUUUGAUCAAUAUGUUCAGGCUAACCAGGGGUUGGAUUUUGUUACUAAAUCUGCGGCCCUUCAGGCUUCCUCUUGUGUAGUAUCUCUGAUUUCGUUUUCUGGUCCCAACCACUUGUUCACUUGCUCUGGGAUUCUAAUCAAAUGUGAUAAUGUUGAUGAUGGUUUCUGUUAUACGAUUUUAACGUCGGCCUCUUUACUUAGAGGUUCCUCCCACAAAUCUGUCUUACCCGAUGACUUAAAGGUGGAUGUCUAUCUAUCUAAUCGCAGCUUAUGUCGAGCUGAAGUAGAGUCAUAUGAUUUCCACUAUAACGUCUGCUCUUUGUCAUUCAAGUCUACUGCAUGCCUUCAAAUUGCUGUCAUUGGAAAUAUUGAUGGCUCCUCUAUGGCUCCAAUGCGCACUCAUAGUUCUAGAUCUUUCCAGCUUGUACCCCACCGUGAGACUGCAGUUGAUCUUUCCUCUCUAAUGGAUGUGAUUGUGUUAGGUCGAUAUCAUGAUCCACCAUACCAUAUUAUGGCUGCUCCUGGCGUGCUCAGGCUCGAAGACAGUGGUUUAGAUUGUGAGGACCUACUCAUGACUAGUUGUCGAAUUACAAAGGUGAUGUUUUGUACUCUCUUUGUCCUAUUUCACUUACCACGUUUUAUCUAAAUUUGUGAGGACUAAUUCAAAUUUGUGGGACAAAUGUAGCGGGACAGUGGCAAUAUAGUUUAUUUCUUUGUUUUUAACCUUUUAGUCCUAAUAUGCAUGCUAAUAAGCCAUUGGUUUCUUUUUUAAUAAGACAAAGUAUGUUUUCUCUUACGUAUUGUAUCAUGAGAUAUUUGCCAAAGGGAACAAGAGUUCAUGUUUAUUUGGUAGGAGUUAGAGCCCAAAUUGUCAAUUAAUGUCAUUUAUAUGUGGAUAUUUUAGAUUGGAAAAAGAUCGAAGAGUCCUAUGAGUAAAGUAGGUCAUGGAACAUGCACAAGGAUCAACAUUGCUUAUAGUUAUUUCUUUUGUUAUUCGUUGGGCAUUUGCCAUGGUUUUUUUUAUUGUUUUGUGUUACAAGCAUAUUGUACUUG